AUGAGUCAAGUCGGACAAGUUGUUGGUAUUUUACGUAAACUUAAUGAAGAAUAUCAAUCGAGCACACCAAAAAAACUAAAGCUCAUUGAUGCUUAUCUAGUUUAUGUGCUCUUGACCGGUAUCGUUCAAUUCGCUUAUUGUCUUCUUGUUGGAACAUUUCCAUUCAAUUCGUUCCUCUCGGGUUUCAUAUCAACUGUUGGUUGCUUUGUUCUCGCUGCAAGUUUACGUAUUCAACUAAAUAAAGCGAACCAGUCGGUAUUUAAUGUUUCACCAGAACGUGCUUUCGCCGAUUUCGUCUUCGCACAUAUUAUCUUACAUUUAGUUGUCGUUAAUUUUAUUGGUUAA